AUGGCAGUUAAAGUAAAAAUCGGUUCUUCAUUUUCCUGUGUUUCCACCUCUCUUUGUUCACCUUUUCAAAGUAAAGCGGCUCCAAAGUUGAUAUCAAGGCUAGGAUUGUUUAAGAGCCAGCAAUACAAUGCAGACCAGUUAAGAAAUGCUAAAGUUGUUAAAUCAUGCCAGCUCAUAGAUGGAAAGCUAGCAAUGAAACAAAGGUUGUCAAAUAGGCGAUGUAUUCUCUUUGCUACAACUGACGAUCAGCUAUCAUUCAGUGAGCUAGAACCAGAUGAUUUCGAGCAGGAAAUUCAAGUCCCUCCUGCUGAAGAUGCCUCCCCAACAAACAGUUCAUACUUCCAUACUGAAGGAUCUGAAGGAAAACCAGGCUUCAUUUCAUUUUAUAAUUGUCCUCGCCAAAGAGAAAACAAAAUCUUGGCGUCUACCACUGGGAAAAAUCACAAUAGUCUACUGUGGUUCAUCGGUCCCACUGUCCUUGUAGCCUCUUUCAUAUUUCCUUCACUUUAUUUGCGCAAGAUACUCUCCACUAUAUUUGAGGACUCUCUAUUAACGGACUUUCUAAUAUUAUUCUUCACGGAGGCACUCUUUUACUGUGGAGUUGCUGUGUUUCUUCUCCUAAUAGACCAUUUGUGGAGACCUAUUACGCCUGUAUCUGCAGCUAAUAACAUGAACCUUACACCGCAUUUGGGACACAGAAUCUCUUCUGUUGCUGUCUUGGUUCUUAGUCUUACAAUUCCAAUGGUGACUAUGGGUUUUGUUUGGCCGUGGACUGGCCCUGCAGCUUCGGCUACUCUAGCUCCCUACCUUGUUGGUCUUGUUGUCCAGUUUGCAUUCGAGCAGUAUGCAAGACAUAUUAUGUCUCCUUCAGGGCCUGCCAUUCCCAUUAUCUUUCAGGUUUAUAGAUUACACCAGCUAAAUAGGGCUGCACAACUGGUGACAGCUCUCUCUUUCACGGUGAGAGGAGCUGAGAUGACGUCACACAACCUGGCAAUAAACGGCUCAUUAAGUACGCUUCUGAAUGUCCUCCAGUUUCUUGGCGUCAUUUGUAUUUGGUCACUUGCAAGUUUUAUCAUGAGAUAUUUCCCAUCUGCCACCUCACCAGAACGGCGAGAUGUUGACUUCUCUUGUUUCUUGGUGGUGCAUGGUGAAUGGCGGCAAGUGGUCAUGCUAGCGUAUGUUGGCGGUGAAUGGUAG